AGAAAUAACAGAAUUUUAUCAAAGCACAGAGAAAUUCAAAACGCACCUUUAAAAUGGCAGUCUACUUAGAUGAAGAAGAAGUAUGGAAAUGUCCAAAACACCCUUCAAAGAGACGAAGGAACGGUGUUUGCCCUGUUUGUCUCAAGGACCGUCUCGUCAUUCUUUGCCCCGACUGUGCUAACGUACGCCCCUGUGCUUGCUACGCCUCUGCCACGUCGUCGUCUUCCUCCUCUUCAUCUUCGUUUUCUCUAUUUUCCUCAUCGACCGGUCGUAGUGGCGGCGGUUGCGAGGGAGGUUGCUCAGUUGCACGAGUCUCCAAUCUCAUAUAUAGUGAACCGUCUUUCCGUAGAUCGAGAUCCGUCGGAAUUCCGUUCCUCCGAUCAUCACGAGACAAAAAUUCCGUCGACAGAAAAAAUCAGCCGAAUUGUAAAAACAGUAAGAUGAGCAAAACGCCGUCGUUUUGGUCUGUUUUCAAGUUGAGUAAGAGUAGGAGAUACGGAGAUUCAGAGAAUGAUGAAUUGAAACCGAAACCGAAAGCCAAAGCGGAUAUUCAUCAUGAAAAUAUUAACGAAUUUACUGAUGGUAGAAUUGAGGAUUUUGCAAGGAUGAUGAAGAGAUCACGAUCAAUGAGUGUAGUGAUAGCGUCAGUUUCCGGCGCCGGUGACGGCAAUAAGUCGCCGGCAAAGUCCAAAGGAUGGCAUUUUCCAAGUCCAAUGAAAGUUUUCCGGCAAUCGAAGGCUUCGAAAUUGGUUCACGAACGGUCGCCUUUGUACAGAGGUUGAGUUUUCGUUUUUUUUUUGAGUGUUUUCUAAUGUUCAGCAAAUUACUAAAGAGUAUUGUAUGAAGAAAGUAAAUAGUAACAAAAUUAGUUUUAUUUCUUUGAGUACGAAAAAAUAAUUGCACUAAUGUAUUUUAUUAUUAUUAGAAGAAGUUGCAAUGUACUUUAAAGUUGAGUAAAUCUCCAUUGUACAUGUCUUCAACUUCUUUAUUUUGUUUCUAUUGAAUCUAAUUUUAUGUAUAUGGUUUUUGGUA